AUGGAUGACAUCUUUGAUCUCAUACGCACGUCGGGACGAGGGUGCUAUAUGAUCAAACGCGACAUCAAGGAUGCCUUCCGUAACAUUCCCGUCGCUCCCGCUGACCGGCCUCUCCUAGCCUUCUCGUGGGAGAACAAGACAUACAUGGAGUGCUACCUCCCAUUCGGCCUUACAACUGCACCCUUCAUCUUUAACCUUUUUGCCGAGGGCCUUAACUGGCUCCUAAGCGCUUACUUGCCUUUGGCCUCUAUCGCUCAUUACCUUGACGAUUUCAUCACUAUUUUCCCUUCCUCCGUAGGAAGUCUCUCCAAAGCCCUUACCGCUUUCAAUACCGUAUAUAUUCCUCUCACAGAUGCGUUAGGCAUCCCACGGAAUGACUCGAAAGACGCCGCUGGUACCGUGGUCAGUGUCCUUGGGGUCGAAAUCGACACCACACUCCUACAGGCCCGAGUGCCUCGCGAUAAGCUAGCACGCGCAUCUUCCGAAGCCGCGUCGCUACUCCAGCUAGAUCGCGUCUCGCAUAAAGCUUUGCAACGUGUAGUCGGUUUCCUCCAACACUGCUCAAUGGUUAUCCGUCUCGGCAGAGCCCGCCUUCAGUCGCUCUACAGCGACCUCGCAUCCUUCCCCCCCCCCACCAGCGCUCCGUUCGCCGCCUAUCCCAUGAUAGCCGCGGGGAACUUGUGUGGUGGAGGGACACUCUCCCGUUAUUUAACGGCAUCCAUUUCUUCGAGAAGAGCCGCCCCCUAG